GGUGAUAAACUGUACGGCGGGAGGCUUGUCGGAAGCUUGGACCCCAUCAUGGAGAAGCUGAAUGCCUCAAUCCUGGUUGAUCAGCGCCUGGCGGAGGUUGAUAUCCGUGAAAGUAUCGCUUAUGCCAAGGUCUUGGAGAAGGCCGGGAUUCUAUCCAGGGCUGAACUGGACAAGAUCAUCAGUGGCCUAGAGAAGAUUUCGGAAGAGUAUUCCAAGGGCUCCCUCAUGAUUUCCAAAACCGAUGAGGAUAUCCACACUACCAUUGAACGCCGGCUCAAGGAGAUCAUUGGCGAUGUGGCCGGGAAGCUCCACACCGGACGCAGCAGAAAUGACCAA